AUGGCUGUAGCGACUAGUGUGUCAUGGGGUGUGCGGUACAAGCCGAAGCCGCCGUUAGGGUUGAGGUUGGUGGCGGCAUUUUCGUCUCAGGUGAGUUCUAGCGGUGGUGGUGGUGGUGGAGGAGAGAGCAUAACGUUUGAGGAGGCAAAGAAACUGAUGAGAUUGGUGAAUGUGGAGGAGUUGAAGAUGAAGCUAGGAACAAUGCAAGGGAAGGAGGUAGUUGAUCUGGUUAGAAAAGCAGUGCCUCUUGCUCUAACAUCUGAAGACGACCCCAGCAGGGAAGAACUAAGGCAGCUGCAAGAAAAGAAGGAAGAAAUCGACAUUGUUGCACAUAAACAGGUCCGGCGAAUCCUCUGGUCAGGGCUUGGGUUAGCUGUUGCACAAGUCGGGCUCUUCUUUCGCCUAACAUUCUGGGAAUUCUCCUGGGACGUUAUGGAGCCGAUUGCAUUUUUUGCCACAGCCACUGGCAUAGUCAUAGGUUAUGCCUACUUUCUGUUUACUUCAAGAGACCCAACUUAUGAAGACCUACUCAAGAGGCUUUUUCUAUCGAGGCGGAGGAAGCUGAUCAAGAAGCAUGAUUUUGAUGCUGAAAGGUUCAUGGAGUUACAGAGGAAAUGCAAAUGCCCCCUGGAUUCCCCUGGCUUUGUCAACCAAAGGAUAGGGGUUGAAAUAGAACAUGAAGAUGCUUUUCAUUAG